AUGGCAGUACAGAAAAAACUGAGAGCGAUUUUGACCGAUGAAGGUGUACUGAUCAAAUCGCAAUCGCACCAUAUGUUCAAUAAGCAUGGCCAACUCAGAAGCGCAGAUUCUUUGUCUUUGUUGAGUUGUUUGUCUUGCUUGGAUGACGGCACCUUGAGCUCUGAUGGAGGUUCUUUUGACGAGGACGAUUCUCUGGAACUGUUGCCUCUUAAUACUACCAUACCAUUCAAUAGGAUUCUGAACGCAAAAUAUAUAAGCACCAGUCAAACAAACCUUGAUAACGGCAAGUUGUCAACAGAUCCUUUCCAAACGGAAAAUCUGAGCUCAUCGUCUGAGAAUGACGAAAUGGAGAAUCAUAGUUUAAGCAAUGACAAAAUCAGACCACCUACAAACGAACUGCAACCGUCCUCGAAUAAGAACAGGUGGGCUUCGAAGACUAGCAAUAUCAAAACAUCUUUUGAUGCUUCACAUGAUACCACCCCAACUCUAGGGAUGAAAGAUCACCAAUACCUGAUCGAGUUGACUUUUGUUGUACCCAAAGGCCAUGAUGUUAUACCACAAAAAUUAACUUUAUUAAUAGAUCACGUCCCGAGAAAGUCAAGAGCAGGUUCUAAAGGAGAAAUAAUCCCUUCCGGUAUUGUGGAAGAAAUUCUAGAAAAGAGUUAUGAAAAUUCGAAGAGAAACAGGUCGAUAUUGGUCAUUAUAAACCCCCACGGUGGUAAAGGUACAGCCAAGACAUUAUUCUUAACAAAAGCACAGCCAAUAUUAGCAGAAAGUGGCUGCAAAAUAGAAAUCGCGUACACAAAAUAUGCUCGUCAUGCGAUCGAUAUUGCCAAAGAUUUGGAUAUUCGUAAGUACGAUACGAUUGCCUGUGCAUCGGGUGAUGGUAUUCCAUACGAAGUAAUUAAUGGACUUUACAGAAGAUCAGAUAGGGUAGAAGCGUUCAAUAAAUUAGCUGUGACACAACUGCCUUGCGGUUCAGGAAACGCUAUGAGUAUAUCUUGUCAUUGGACAAACAAUCCAUCAUAUGCAGCUCUCUGUCUCGUCAAGUCUAUUGAAACAAGAAUAGAUUUGAUGUGUUGUUCUCAACCCUCUUAUAUGAACGAAUGGCCAAGAUUGUCCUUUUUAAGUCAGACAUACGGCGUCAUUGCAGAAUCCGAUAUUAAUACUGAAUUCAUCAGAUGGAUGGGGCCGAUCAGAUUCAAUCUUGGUGUAGCAUUUAAUAUCAUUCAAGGAAAGAAGUAUCCUUGUGAAGUUUUUGUUAAAUAUGCUGCCAAGUCCAAAAAGGAAUUGAAAGUUCAUUUUUUAGAAAACAAAAAUAGUAAUAAAGGAUAUUUAACCUUUGAACCGAAUCCUGAUCCAAACUCUUCGCCAGAUUUAGUAUCUAGAAGCAACAAUAAUGAAAUAAAAGAUGAGCUUUCACCGAAUUUUCUCACGGAAAGUAAUUUCAAAUUAAAGUAUCCAAUGACUGAACCAGUACCUAGUGAUUGGGAGAAAAUGGAUCCAGAGCUAACUGACAACUUGACAAUUUUCUACACAGGGAAAAUGCCAUACAUUGCCAAGGAUACCAAAUUUUUUCCCGCAGCUUUGCCAGCGGACGGUACUAUUGACUUAGUCAUAACUGACGCAAGAAUCCCAGUGACUAGAAUGACACCAAUUUUAUUAUCCUUAGAUAAAGGUUCCCAUGUAUUAGAACCUGAAGUUAUUCACUCAAAAAUUUUAGCCUACAAGAUUAUACCAAAAGUGGAGUCUGGUUUAUUUUCAGUUGAUGGUGAAAAAUUUCCUUUGGAACCUUUGCAAGUCGAAGUUAUGCCCAUGCUAUGUAAGACGUUGCUGAGAAAUGGCAGAUAUAUUGACACUGAGUUUGAAUCCAUGUAG